GUAGCUCGCGGCAAGAUGGCGGUGUAGCGCCCGCGUGCGGUUCCGGCCUCGCCAUGGCGGACCUGGGCCGGCAGCUGCACGAGUACCUCGCCCAGUCCAAGGCCGCCACCCCCGCCCCCGCCCGGCCGCCCGCCCGCGGCCCGCAAGACGAGCCGGCGGAGGGCGGCGCGGGACCGUGGCCGAGCGCCUUCCCGAGGCCGGGCUGGCGCUGGCCGUGGGCGGCCGAGGCGGACCCGUGGCUGCCGGGGCUGUCGCUGUGGCAGCGGCUGGCGGGCGCCGCGCUGUGCCUUCUGCUGGCCGCCCUGUGCUUCGGGCUGGCCGCGCUGUACGCGCCGCUGCUUCUGCUCCGCGCCCGCAAGUUCGCGCUGCUCUGGUCGCUGGGCUCGCUGUGCGCGCUGCUCGCCGCCGCGCUGCUGCGGGGCCCGUCCCGCCUGCUGCGGGAGCCGAGCCGCGUCUCGCUGCUGUACGCCUUGGCGCUGGGCGGCACGCUGUACGCCGCGCUGGGGCUGCGCAGCACCGCGCUGACCGCGCUGGGCGCCGCCGCGCAGUUGGGGACCGCCGCCGCCGCGCUGCUGGGCGCGCUGCCCGGAGGGGCCGCCGGCGUCCGGCGCCUCGGAGGGCUACUGGGAGCCGCGCUGCGCCCUGGGGCCGUGCUGCCCGUGUGAUGUAACGGAGGAGCGCCCCGCCGGGGUUCCUCGCGAGAACGCGGACCGGAGCGGCGCCGACUCUGAACUCGAGCGCGGCGCCGGGCCGAGCGGCGUCCCGCGUGGGGUGCGGCCGCCACGGCCGUGCCAGGAGCCGAGGAGGAGCGUCUGCCGGCGGAGGGCCGCGGGACCGACCCAGCGCCGGAGCGGAGACGUCGGCAGUGCGGGGCGGAGAGCCCGGCCCGGCUCCCCGCGUCCGGUGCCGCCUGUGUGCCAGGACCCGCAGCGAGCGCCGCGUGCCCCUCAGUGCACAGAAAGCCGCCUGUAAUUGGCAUCCAGAUGGCAGACCAAGCAGCGGUGACUUCCUGUGCUCUGCAGUUUUCAUGUCAGCACUUCUGGUUAUUUAUAGACAGCUGCGACUGCAGGCAAAAGAGUUCUUUGUGCACGAUAAACCAAAACCAAGGAAUAAGCUGUUAGUACUGCCCACAGAUGAGACUUCAGGAGGUAGUUUGUUGCUCCAUCUGAUACACAAGCUUGUUAAGAAACAGCACUUUAUAGGAGUAGAAUACAACAAAACCAAGAGAACCGGAUAAAGUAAUGGUUAAACCACAUCUUCUAUGGCCCGUGCAAUUCUUAGUCACCCCAUUCACAAAACGAGAAGUUAAAACUGAAGCGAGUAUAGACAUGGUAAGGAGGGCAGUAAAGGAUGCAGAAUGCAUUCCAGAGACAACAUGUGAAUGGAUGAGAGCUCCGGCAUAGAGAAGAGCCGGCUCAGGAUGGAAGCAACAGUUUGAUGCAGCCAGAGGUGGCAUUCAGAAACAACAAAGACCAACUAAAAUGCAAGCCAUCACCGAAUGAAAGUAGUGAACGAUGGGCUUAAAACCAAUUAAGUUUUAGAGCUCUGUCGGUGGAUGUCAGAAGUUUCAAUGAUUCUUAAAGCUGGAUAAGACUUUUGUUGAAAAACACACCAGCGUUGCACGAGGUUUUCAAUACGAGGGACUUAUCUACCUUUUCCCCUCUCCUCUGGAGGUCCACCUGGUGCAUCCAUUUCCCUGGGGUCAGAGGUCCCUGGUCCAUCAUGCCAGGGACGUUUACGUGGUGGCAGUGAGGCCAUGUCCAUGCCCUGGAGCGAAGAAGAACGUUCUCGGUUAGCUGGAGAAUGUCCAUCGUGAGGAGGGUGGUCUGGACGAGGACCUGAUGGAUUCUGGCUUCCGCCCACCUUCAAAGCGUGGAAUCUCAUCGGGGGUAGGAAGCAGACCCUUCCGGCCUCCUGAGCAGCACGAGAUGCAGGGAGAGGAGUGAGAAGAGACAUUGCGUUUGUGAAACCGUUGCUGUUUGCCCAAGAAAAGCCCUUUCUACCUUCUCCUCGUAUCUCACUGUGGAAGAACGUUCCCCUCACCUCUAAUUGCACCACGACCUCGGCCCCGAGCACCAUGGUCCCUUCCUCUCAAGUUUUCAUCUGGGGAGUCAAAAGUGUCAUCUGGCCCAAAAUCUUCAGGACCAGGAAAGCCAUCUCUCCCCCUGGGUCCCCGGCCCUCGUGUCUCGAGGGUCCUCCUCUUCUGAAGCUACGAGAAAGAACACGGCACACCUUUAGAUAAGAUUUGCAUUGAUAAACUUGAGACAGUUGAUUAUUGA